GUUUAUGCCUGGAGUUUUGCGUCAAGACAAGUACAUGUUUUCGGCCCAGUUAUCAUCAGACAAAUUGUCGUUCGUACUCCAGUAAGCAGAAGCUUAUAUUUUCAAUCUCUGGACAAGAAAAACAAAAAGAGUUAGCCAAAAUAAAUUGUAUGUCUUGAACCUGAACGCAUUCUUAUAACGAUAUGUGGAAGUACCAUCAGAAAAUGGACUUUGAGACCUCCGUGAAGAUAUCGCCCAUGUGCCACUCGUGGCAGUCGGUGUGCUGGCUGACGCUCAAGGGUCAUGAGUUGGCCAAGUUUUUAAUAUUGGAUCGAUCCGUGGCAUAUCAGGUUAUGCUUUCCAUGGUGAUAGUGGCCAUUACUUGCCUGGCAUUCAGAUGGUUCUGGAAGAGGAGAAAUACUAUUCCCGUUUCUGAAAUUCAGCACCUCAGGGAGCGUGUUCAGUUUUGUAACCAUGACAUGGCCGUGUUGCAGAACACCCUCGAUACUGCACUCCUUUCAAAGCGUGCUACUGUGGCUUUGGUGGAGACCAACGUGAAGCUAACCGACGCCCUGCAGGAGCCGGAGGUUGAGCCCAAGCCCAAGGAAGACUCAGAGCCCGAGAAAGAAGCUCCCCCAGAAACACCAGAAGUCUCCGGGACUAGCGAAUCCGAAACACUGGAUGAGCCCUCCAGCUCAAAGGCUGAAGACUCACAACCCAAACCCAUACCCACUGUCCACGUAUUGGGAGCAGAGGCUAAAGCUCCUGUGAAGGAGAAAUCUGCUGAGCCGGAGCCAGUGAAGUCCUCCAUACCGACAAGGGUCGAUAACAAACGCAAAUCCCCCAGCCGGAAUAGUAGUAGACCGGCGGCACGUGACUUGAAAGAGACUAACUUGGCUAGAAUUGCUGGCCAAAACCAAACCCGUAAUCGCAUUCGGUUGGUCAAGUCCGCACCCACAUAUAGGAAUGAAAAAAUUUGAACAAUAUCUUGGAUUACUCACAGAUUAAAAUACUAAAUUGAUUAAAAAAUGAUAGUAACAUUAUUCUAUCCCAAAAA